ACUCAUUUCGGUGUUAGAGCUGUGAGGAAGAUGAAUAAAGGAGAAGAAAUUAACGAAAGAAAACCCCUUUUGGGUGAAAAAACACAAAAGAAACGUUCUUGGAGGACGUCAAAAUUCUUAGUAAUAAUUGUUGUAUUUAUUGCUAUGAUGAUUGAAUUAAUCAUGUUGACUACUUUAGAACCAUUACUUCCUGAUCUCCUUUACCGAAUUCAUCAUAACGAUACCUCCAUGCUCGUCGUCGAUGGGUCUGUUAAUUAUACCUUCUUAGCCACAACCGUCGAAGGAGGUAUUAUAAUUGGUGCCAAACCUGGAGUUGAAAUGAUUAUUAAUUUCUUCGUUGGACCUUUCGUUGAUAGAGUUGGUCAUAAAUGGCCAAUGGUUUUUGGAUGUUUCGGAAAUGUGGCAGCUACUUUAGGUUUUGCUUUCGCCGGGAAAUUUAUAUAUUUAUUAAUAGCUAGAAUUGUUCAAGCUAUUGGUUCAAGUAUGUCUGUAAUAUCAGCUUUUGCCCUUCUCUCACAUUCGUUUGAAGAAGGACCCGAAAGAGAUAGAAUGAACUCUAUUGCUAUGCUUGGUCUAUCCGUUGGAAUGUUCAUUGGUUUUCCUUUUGGAAGUACAGUAUAUUAUUUCCUUGGAAGGAUAGUACCAUUCGCAAUAAUUGCAAGUUUUAUGUUAAUUGAUGGAGCUCUUAGAUUACUUGUAAAAGCUCCAUCACAUUCUAGUGCAAGCGAAAGCCGUACAGAAAAAACGGAGAAGAAAGGAUUAAAGCACUAUCUACUCGUUUGCUUAGAUCCGUAUUUAUUCUUAAUUUUACUUUGUAAUAUACUAAUAAAUGUUGGUCUUGGGGUUAUUGUUGGUACCGAACCAGCUUGGCUUAAGGAGACUAUACGUCUAAAGCAAUGGGUUGUUGGUAUGGUGUUGGUCGGUGGAUCUUUAUUACAAAUAACAGCUCAGUUAAUUGCAACUUAUUUAAUGAUUUACAUCCAUAAAAGUACUAUUCUCUUCUUUGGAAUGAUCAUAAUGGGUCUUGGAACUGGAUUUUAUCCAUUUUGCCAUUUGUUAUGGCAUGUUAUUCUUACCGAAAUGCUUAUGAGAGUUGGCUUCGGACUCACAUUAUGCGUGAUCAGUCCUCUUUUAGCUAAUGUUGCCGAUAACCGCCAUCAGUCUGCGUACGGCUCUGUGUUUGGGUUGUACGGAGCGUCUUACAAUUUAGGUUUGGCUGUUGGACCAAUAACGGGUGGAAUUUUACUACACGUUAUUGGCUUUAGCUGGCUGUACUGGUCGACCGCAAUUUGUAUUGCGGCUGCAUCAUUUUUGUCUUUGCCUUUGAGAAAUUUGAUCAAGUUCGAAAAAGUACGUGGAAAAGAAUUGUUUAAAAGCGAAUGA